GUGCGCACACGGAGAAUGAAAAUCAAACUUCACCAAUUAUUUAAAAUGUUCCUCGUUUUCGCCAUUACGCGGACUUGACUUGAGAAUGAAUUCAUUUCGCGACGUAUCCCCACAGCAUAUGACUUUUUUUUGGGGGGGGGGGGGUAUUUUUUGCAGUGCAUCCGCUUUACGCACAGUGUCUGAAAUUUGAUUCGAGUUUAAAAAGCGCAGACAGCGGCCACAAGUCAGAGAGAAACUGGUUCCACUGGUGCGCGUCAGGUAGCACCUUAUACGGAUUGGAGAGGCACUUCACAGCCCCUCAGGCUCUGUAUCUGCUGGGGCGCACGGGGGGGGGCAGAGCCAUGCACACUCCUGCUUGAUGCGCUGAUCCCGAGCGGAGGGAACCAGCAGUCUUUGGUUUUUCACUGCCACUAAUGACCCAGCGAUGGAGACGACUGGGAACGGCACCGUGCACCCGAACGGAUCCGAUCCAUUUGCGAGAAACGAGGAGGUCGCCCAGAUCGAGAUCAUGGUCCUGAGCAUCACCUUCGUGGUUGCGGUGAUCGGAAAUGUCAGCGUCCUGCUGGCAAUGUACAACACCAAGAAGAAGAUGUCGCGGAUGCACCUUUUCAUCAAACACCUCAGCCUGGCGGACCUGGUGGUCGCCUUCUUCCAGGCGCUGCCGCAGCUCUGCUGGGAGGUCACUUUCCGCUUCUACGGCCCAGACUUCCUCUGCAGGAUCGUGAAGCACCUCCAGGUGAUGGGCAUGUUCGCCUCCACCUACAUGAUGGUGAUGAUGACCCUGGACCGUUACAUCGCCAUCUGCCACCCGCUCAAGACCCUGCAGCAGCCCACCCAGCGCUCCUACAUCAUGAUCGUCUCCACGUGGAUGUGCAGCCUGGUGCUCAGCACGCCGCAGUACUUCAUUUUCUCCCUGAGCGAGAUCAAGAACGGCUCGGACGUCUACGACUGCUGGGCGAACUUUGUCGAGCCCUGGGGCGCCAAGGCGUACAUCACCUGGAUAACCGGCAGCAUCUUCCUCGUGCCCGUGGUCAUCCUGGUGACGUGCUACGGAUUCAUCUGCCACACCAUAUGGAAAAAUAUCAAGUACAAGAAAAGGAAAACGACGACCGGUGCCGCGAGCAAGGACGGGCUGAUCGGGAAGAAUUCCGUCAGCAGCGUCACGACCAUAUCGAGAGCCAAACUGCGGACCGUUAAGAUGACUUUUGUGAUAGUCAUGGCAUACAUUGUCUGCUGGGCGCCGUUUUUCACAGUGCAGAUGUGGUCCGUGUGGGAUGAAAACUUCCAGUGGGCUGACUCUGAGAACACUGCGGUGACUCUGUCUGCGCUCCUCGCCAGCCUCAACAGCUGCUGUAAUCCGUGGAUAUACAUGAUCUUCAGCGGUCACCUCCUCCAGGAUUUCGUGCACUGCUUCUCCUACUGCCGCCGAACAAACGCGGACAUCAAGAAGGAGGACUCCGACAGCAGCAUCCGCAGGACAACGCUGCUGACUAAGAUGACCAACCGGAGCCCUACGUGCAGCACGGGCAACUGCAGGGAGCUGGACAACUGCGCCAAGUCCUCCGUUCAGAUGGAGUAAACGCACCGCCAGAAACCUCUGGUGUGUGGAGGGGAUGAACACAUGUCUUGCAGUGGCACACAAACCGCUUCAGUUCAACCGAGCUUUAGACACGAGUGUCUGAAACGUCCCUUUCACUCCAAAGCCGUCGAGCAGAGUGGAGAGAUACAGAAUAGUUUGGGAGUUGGCAACAAUGACGUUGGGAAACAGUGCCUGUUUCUCCGUGCUGGAUUCUUCUUGCUAUGCUUUAUUUAAUAAUCACUGCAACAUUAUAGGAAAAGAAAAAAUUAUUUGUUAGAAAAGAAAAAUGUACUUGGAAUUUAUCCUGUUUUUGUAUCUCCACAGUUGUUGGUUAAAGGCCGAGGUGUCUACAGUUGUGUUUUUUGGUAUCGUUUUGUUGAAUUUAGUCAUAAUGCUUGAAAAUUCAACAGCCCCGACAUGGUUUCUUUUGCACGAAUACUGGUGCUUUCGCUGGUGGUUACGUCUCCCUGCACUCCCGCUGAAGACCCUUUCCUGUCCCUGUUGUGUUGGCAGAGAUAAAACUUACAUGGCAGCCAAGUGGUGUGUGUGUGUGUGUGUGUGUGUGUGGGUGUGUGUGUGUCGGUGUUAACGACUCUUCAAGACCGCAGGUCUCUAAGUAACAGAGGCAGUCACCUCAUCCUUUGUGGCUAGCAAUCCAGUCGGUGUUUUUUUUCCCUCUGAGACAGUUUUUUGAAAGUUAUACAUAUAUUUAAAAAGAAUCAUCUUCAAACUAACAUUUCCUUUGGCCUUUUUUAUAAUAAAAUAAAAUAAGGGUGAGAGGUUCAGGCUCUAUUCAUCUACUGAGCCAUCGCGUGCAUCCACAUAUCUAUAAUUUGCUCAAGGAUUUGUUUCAUGUUUAGGCCGGUGGCCCUGAAGGAUGGCUUUCAUUUCUCCUCAGCAGUGGCAGAUGGAAACAAAGGGGGACAUUCUCACACUCUCUCUCUCACACACACACACACACACACACACACACACACACACACACACACACACACACACACACACACACACACACACACACACACACACACACACACACACACACACACACACACACACACACACACACACACACACACACACACACACACACACACUUCCUGAUUUAUUUUUUUUUCCUCAACUACCUGUCUCUGUUUUGGCCCUCCAGAUUAAAACAAUUUCCUGCACAAGACUGUGAUGAACAGCACCACAAUGUUUCACGGACCAACCUGAGAAGCCCAGACGGUGGUCAUUGUAAUGUAUCAUGAUAUAUUUCUAUAUUUGUACAUAAAAAUGCACUUGGAUAUCUGUAAAUAGGAGUAGAUGAUAUAUGUAAAUUCUGAUGUGAUUGGGAAUUCUGAACACAAUGUUGAUUCUGUUUGCCUGUAAUGGCUUGUGCACGCUAAAAUGAAUCAAAAUAUCCUCUAAAUAUAUGUUGGAAAAAUACAUAGUGACAUAAUGUA